GGGGGAGAGCAUCUAGUGCUCAUUCUGCUUUUACUGAGAGGAGAGAAACUACAGAUCACAACUCCCAUCUCUCAUCACUGCAGGAAGUGCUUCAUGCUGUUAUUUAAAUUUUUUGCACCGUGUUUAAAUGCAUUUUUCACGCUGUUGUUUAACACUUUUUCACGCCAUUGAUUUAAGUUUUUUUUCUCGCGUUCUGCCUGAUCUGUGGGGCAGGACCUUGCUGUAAUAUCCGGAUAUAUUUACUCAACACUCUUCCUCUGCCUGGCGCUGUGUGCUGAACGCACCAGUCUUUUUGUUGGUUAGUUUGAUGAGAUUUGAGCUGCAGCCCGGCCGGGGCACUCUGAGUCCAGCGGUCGCUGUCCUGCUUGGAUUGUCUGCAUGCACGGGACGCUUCUGAAGCCCCUCUGACCGGGCGGAAGGGUCGCUUCCACGCACGGGACGCGUUAAAAACCCCUCUCACGCAGCCAGGGGUGUAAAAACCCCCUCUCACGCAGCCAGGGGUGGACUGACAGCGCGAGGCAUCGACACUCCAUCAGCAUGGGUCUGUGCACCUUCAGAGGUGUCUCUGAUGUGCCCUGAAGUGUUUGCGCCCCGCACCCCGGCCCCCUCCCUCCCGGCGCCCCCCCAGGCAGGAUGGACCUGGCACCCUCCCGCAGGGCAGAGCCGGACCUGGCACCCUCCCGCAGGGCAGAGCCGGACGUGCUCGACCUCCAGCAGGUGCCGGUCCUGUCCAUCGACCAAAUCCGGGCCAUCAGGGCCAGCAAUGACUACGUGGAGCGCCCCCUAGUGGCUGAGCCCGGCGCGCAGACCGGGCUGUUCUUCAUCCAGGAGGAGCGGCAUCAUCACGGCAGGAGGAUCCCACGCAGCCAGAGCCUCCACCACCAAGCCCACCUGGCGCAGGUGAGCCAGUCCAGCACCGUCGCCUCCCUGUCCCGCAGCAGCACCGCCUCGGACCAGCGCCUCCUGUCCGGCCCGGGCCGGUCCGCCUCCGGCCCGCCGCCCGUGCGCAGCCAGCCCAAGCCGCAGCUGAAGCCCGACGCGCUGGGCAAGCGGCUGUCGGAGGCCGGGAGCCUGAGCCGCCACCUGCUGAUCUGCGAGCGCUGCGGCCGCUGCAAGUGCCAGGAGUGCGGGGCGGCGCGGAGCCUGCCGUCCUGCUGGCUGUGCGACCAGCGCUGCCUGUGCUCGGCGGACAGCGCCCUGGAGACCGCGACCUGCCUGUGCUGCGUCAAGGGCCUGUUCUACCACUGCUCCGCCGACGACGAGGACAACUGCGCCGACCGGCCCUGCUCCUGCGGCCCGGCCCACCGCUGCUCCCGCUGGGCCGCCAUGGCGCUGCUGUCCCUCUGCCUGCCCUGCCUGUGCUGCUACCCGCCCGCCAAGCUGUGCCUGAGCGCCUGCCAGCGGGCCUACGACCGCGCCGCCCGGCCCGGCUGCAGGUGCAGCAACUCCAACACCGUCUGCCGCAAGAUCUCCGCCAACAACCCCGCGCCCUUCCCCAAGUCCCUGGAGAAGCCGGUAUGACCGAACGGGCCCCGCCUUGCCCCGUCCUUGCCCCCGAAGCAGAAUCCCUUUCCGCGUUUCCAGAGGAGGGACCAAAGCUUUUUGAUGUCCAGAUUGACGCCGUCGCACCGACCCCCCAUACCUGUGCCAUUUCCCGGAAAUACUGCUCCAUUAGCGUCUACUUAUGCCACUUAUUUAUUUCACCUCUUUCUGCAAGGCCAGCAGAACGGACGGGCAGGACGGAUCAGGUUCCCCAGUAAGCUGAUGAGGAAACGGAAUAAAACCCCCACAUGACCAGUCGACAGGGUUUCUAUUUAUUACCCUCAGGCAGGUGUGCAGCAGCCCUGCUGAUGGGGGGUGUGGGGGGG